AUGUUUACGUUCAUGGAUGCAGCCAGGGUGAAACGUGCUCGUUCCACCAACCCACCGAGCGAAGUUGAUCGGCUAAGCAGUUUGCCAGAUUGCUUGAUAUUGCAGGUAUUCUUAAAUCUUCCGACCAAAGAUGUGGUUAAGACUAGUGUGCUGUCCACCCGAUGGACAACUCUCUGGAAAGACGUACCUGGUCUGGAUUUGGACACCGAGGAUUUCAAUAUACACGAAACAUUCGUGAGUUUUGUCGAUAACUUUCUCGAACGCAACCGCGGUUUGUCCAUACAUCGGUUUAAGUUAACUUACGAUUCUUCUUACGCUGAAGAGCCUGGUCUUGUCAAUCGCUGGGUCGACACUGCUGCUAGGCUUAAAGUUGAACAUCUUGAUCUUUCGGACGUUGUAUGUGAUCAGGAUCUCAUGAUGAAUCCAACAGUUUACACUUGUAGUAGCUUGGUGUCCCUAAGGCUCGUGGGAAUGAGCUUACCUAGUCCCGAGCGUGUUUCAUUACCUUUUCUCAAAGAUAUUGUUUUAAUCGUCGUUGAGUAUACCAACCGAUGGGCAUUAGAGAAGUUAAUCUCACAAUGCCCAGUUCUUGAAAACGUUAGUAUUGAUAGAAUUUACGGUGAUGGAAUGCCCAUUUUACGUGUGCGUUCCCAGUCUCUAUUGAGCUUCAUGCAUUAUUGGGAUAAGAAUGAUGAUUAUGAGAAAGAUCGUAUAGUUGAAAUUGAUGCUCCCAUGCUUAAGUAUCUGAGGAUCAGUGAUGGUGGAACUACGAGUUUCAUUAUAAAGAACCAGCCUUCCCUUGUAGAAGCUGAUAUAGAGACUGUGUUUAAUUUGACAAAUGAAAGGAGGCUACAAGUUGCAAAUGAAAUACAAAAGAGAGAUAUGGUUCGUGAUUUUCUCGUUGGGAUCUCUAAGGUGAAAGAUCUGACCAUCGCCUCCUCUACUCUCGAGGUCAUAUAUGAUUACGCAAGAUAUGUACAACUACCGGUAUUUCGUAACCUAUAUACCUUGUGUGUCAGGUUCAACAGCUACAUGUUGGAGAUGUUGCCAGUAUUUCUUGAAGUCUGUCCAAAUCUAAAAACUCUUGUCGUGGGAACUAGUGUAAAUUACCUCAGGGUGGACCUUACUGUUAUUGCCAGACCUUGG